GACAGAACACUGCUGUCCGUCCUGGGCACUCUCAGGUAUGCAGCUGCACCACCGCUGAACAUACAGGAUGUUUCACUGGGUGGUGAAGGUGGUUCCUCAGCCCCCUGACGCCCCUGGUUGUCUGGGAGAGGAGACGGCCAAUCCCGCACCAAAAAAUGUGUCUAAAGAUGAAGUGAAAAAAGUCAAGGCAAAACCAGCCAAACAGAAGGAAGAUGAUAUUUCUGAGGACAACAGUAUUCAGAGUGGAGUGAUGACCUGGCUCUCCAAUGGAUUCACAAGUGCUCUUCCUCAACCAGCAGGCACACCUAACCUCAGCAGAUCCAACUCUGUAUCCAGGUCACUGCAGGAGGAUGAAAGGAAUGGGGUGAUUAAGUGGAUUGCAGAUGGACUGAGUAAAGUGGUACCCCAGCCAGAUGAAAAGUACAGAGAGGAUAUUCGAGAGGAGGAGGAUGAAACAGAGGUUUAUAACAUGAAAGAUGUGCCGGACGCAGAGCCCCUCCCACAUAUACCUGUGGUGGAGAUGUUUUCAGAAUAUGAGGAAGAGGAUCAGAUACCACAGUUCCCUCCCAAUGUGGUUAACUGGAUUAAGAAUGCUAUUCCUCAGCCUGUGAUGCUCCCUGCAGGUUACAUAGAGGCCCUAAGUAAGGCCCAACAGGCCCAGGUUCUCUCACCACCUCCACAGGCCCUUAAAGGAGAUGAGGACUCACAGAACUCGAAUGUCGUCGGCUGGUUCGUGACGGGCCUCGGCCUCAUGAUGCCACAGCCUCAUGAUGCCACAGCCUGUCGCAAGAUCCAGAGAUGAUGUUGAAGUUGUGCCGAAUGGGGGGGUGGGAGCGCUGAGAGCCCCUUAAACAAAAGGAGAAAGAAGACUGAGGAACCGUGAGAGAGACUGAGACUGAGAGCAAAGAGAUAGAGACAGACUUACCGACAUAGAUGAUUGUGGACAUUUAUACAGCUCCACUGAGCAACCUGGCAGCUGUGAGACAUCGCUUAAAAAAUAUGUUUAACUUACCUUACUCUUUAUGGAAUGCAGAUACUUUUGUUUUAUUUUAAUUGUGUAUAGUCAAUGUAUAUCAGUUCAAUAAAAUGAACUGUUUGUCAGUUAAUGUCAGUUGUUCAACUCUUGUCCAUAUGUAGCAAGAAAGGGGUCUUGUCUUCAUUGUAGUAAUCUUUGAAGUAAUUUGGAUGCAUUAAGAAAAUACAUACAGACACAUAGAGCUAUCAGGCAACAUUGUGACUCGUAGUUUUUGUACAUGAAAUAUACCAUAUUAAACUACUUUUUGAAGGUAAAGAUUAUUGCUGCACUAAAAAGCUAACACAAAAACAACUUAAUCCUAUUGUACAUGUUUUCCCUUGUGACCUAUUCUCAUCGCCUUGAACUAUGAAUGUGGCCUAAGGUUGUAAUUAUGUUUAUUUUGAUCUGAUAGAUUUUUUUUGGAAUGAAAUCCACAAAAGAGGAUUUAACAAACAGAGUCAAGGCAGUCAAGUUAUUACAAAUGAGUUGAUAAAUUAUGACAUCAUGCCUAAAAAGUAUGCCUGACAUUAUAAUAACGUGUUGUGAAAUAUUAUUUAAAAAGUAAUAAAGAUAUCAUCUGAAAUAUUUUGUCGUGU